UCAUUUAAUUUCACGUAAAAACAGAAAGGGGCCAUAGGUUAGAUGGCAUGUGCGUGCCUGCAAUCCCAAUAAUGCAUAGAGAGAAAGAUAGGUGAAAUUGAAGGAUGGGAAUGGCAUAAGCGCCCACCCUAGCGUUGCAAAUUAGCGUGCUAACCAUGAAAACCGUCUUUUCGGCGCCCGGUGAUUACGUCCACUUCAAGUCCCAAGUCCCUCUUCACAAAAUCCCAAUUGGCACUAAACAGUGGCGAUAUUACGAUUUCGGACCAAAAGCUGUGCCUCCGCUUAUAUGUCUUCCCGGAACGGCUGGAACCGCUGAUGUAUAUUAUAAACAGAUCAUGUCAUUAUCCAUGAAGGGUUACCGGGUCAUAUCUGUUGACAUACCUCGUGUAUGGAAUAAUACUGAGUGGAUUCAAGCAUUUGAAAAGUUCUUGGAUGCUAUUGAUGUACACCAUAUACAUCUUUAUGGUACAUCACUUGGAGGCUUCCUAGCCCAGCUCUUUGCACAGCAUCGUCCUAGAAGAGUUCGGUCUUUAGUUCUAUCAAACACAUUUUUGGAGACCCGGAGUUUCUCUGCUGCAAUACCAUGGGCACCCAUUGUUAGUUGGACUCCUUCCUUUUUGCUCAAGCGGUAUGUGUUGACAGGAAUUCGAGACGGUCCCCAUGAACCAUUUAUUGCAGAUUCAGUGGACUUUGUUGUUUCUCAGGUGGAAACCCUAUCUAGAGAAGAUUUGGCCUCCAGAUUGUCGCUGACAACAGAUGAUGCUUCAGUGGGACCACUCCUUCUUUCAGAUUCGUUUAUCACUAUAAUGGAUACUAAUGACUACUGUGCAAUUCCUCAACAACUUAAAGAUCAACUGGGUGAAAGAUAUCCAGAAGCAAGGCGCGCAUAUUUGAAAACUGGUGGAGAUUUCCCAUUUCUUUCUAGACCUGAUGAAGUGAACUUGCAUCUUCAGUUACACCUCAGGCGUGUUGGUGUUGAAGCUCGGCCAGAUUUGGUUCAGAACAUACCUAAGGGUGAUCUUGGAGGAAGUCCUAGCAGAGAGAGUAACGAAGAUGACUCUGACAAGUCCCACGAAGACGAUAGAGGGGGCUCAGAGAAUUCACCUGCUGAUUAUGACAUAAAUCCUACCCCAGAAAGCUCAGGAUCCGGUAAUUUAGACAAGCAGCCACUUGAUAAUUCAGAACGUUGCCACUUGGAUCACGAACACGCCUUAUAUGCCCUUCCUGGUGGAUUCAAAGGGAGAACGAACAUUCCAGGAACUUCUGUACAUUUCAUGUGUCAUAUUGCUACUUUCCAUCUUCUUCAUUACAUCAGUUCACUGUACAUUAUCUGGAACUAUUCAUUGGAAUUUAGUCAACUUGUGUAAGUUGGAAUUCUUUUGGAGAUUCAAUGUGUCAUGAGAACCGAGGGUGUGAAACAAAGGUAUUGAGAUUGACCGUAUUGUGGAUUGGAUUUCUGAGUUCCUUUAGCUGGAUGAUGUAAGUUAUUACUUGCAAUUUGAAGGUAGUGUUUAAACUGAUAAAUCAUCAAAAUUUAUAUUUCA